AUGUUCAGCAUACCAAUCUCAUUCCCUCGAACGUCACGCCAACUACAGUCCGAGAUCGAGAAAGUUUCGAUGAUCGAGCAUUGUGCGACUUGUUGUGGGGAAAGGAUAAGAACGGUGUUCAAGAAGGAGAAGGUCAUUGACGAGGAGGGUAGCGAGUGGUUGGUUGAGGAAUUGAACGAGAGGUUCAGAUUGUGUCGACAUCUACCUGGAGGCAGAUUCUCGCCCCACUUUGACGGGAAACAUUUCGCCAGUGUUAAUGGGCACGAUGGAAAGGAAUUGAUGGCCGGAGAGAAAUAUCUUUCGAGGACUGAUCUUAUUCAUAAAAGAGUCGUUGAUUUUGAUUUCGAAGAACUUUACGGGGGACUGAGUGAGGAAGAGAAGGGGAGGAAGAUGUUGGGGAUCGCGGAGAGGUUGGAAGAUAACAUGCAGAGUGAGGAAGCUGUGAAGUGGUAUAAGGAAGCUUUCUGGAUGUGGCCUGAUUUAGAAAGAUCUUAG